UCACUGAAUCUGGGAAUGGAUGGAGGAGGAGGAAGAGACAGCAGCACAUCCAGGGAAACAAGGACCCUCAUAAUGGUCAGAAUGCACUGGAGGCGAUCAGUCAUGGCAGGUGAUGCAAUCAUGGUGAUGCGAGGGUUGGCGAAGCUCAGCAAGGCAGUCGUAGAAACACAAGCAGGACAACUCCGGCAAGUAGUGCUUGGUGCUGAUGCAGUAACUGCAGUCAGGGGCUUUCAAGCAGCUGCUGAGGAACAGUUAAGCGCUGCCAUGGGGAAAAUGCAGGAACUAGGAAAACAACAGGAAAACUUGAAUGAUAUUGGUGAGGACUUUGGAAGAGAGUACAACUUCUCAGAAUCAGAGUUGGGAGGUGCUGCACAGGACUUCUCUCCUCCUCAAGACCAGCCUCACAGACAUAGUGAUGCAGAGGGCCCAUCUCACUCUUACGUUGCUAAAGGACCUUUUCCAAAUGUUGUUGGGAGUGGAGACUUCAGUUCAAGUCAGAAUCCCAUCUUGUCCAAAUCGAAUGCAAAGCUUUUUGGAGGCUUUAGGGACCCUGGGAAUCUUAUUGUUCCUGCAUAUGGGCAAAAUCGGGCAUUUCACCAAGACCAUUCCUCUAUUGGUGGACUAACAGCUGAAGAUAUUGACAAAGCCAGGCAAGCUAAAGCGGAUCCACAGCAGAAACCACACAAGCAGAUGCUCAGUGAACGUGCCCGAGAGCGGAAGGUGCCUGUUACUCGAAUUGGGAGACUUGCCAACUUUGGAGGCUUAGCUGUUAGCCUUGGCAUUGGAGCAUUGGCAGAGGUUGCAAAGAAGAGUCUUAGAUCUGAAGAUCCCAAUGGAAAAAAGGCUGUUAUGGAUUCUAGCCCGUUUUUGUCAGAGGCCAAUGCAGAAAGAAUUGUGCGGACCUUGUGCAAGGUUCGAGGAGCUGCACUGAAGUUGGGACAGAUGCUGAGCAUUCAAGAUGAUGCCUUCAUCAACCCUCAGCUGCAGAAGAUUUUUGAACGUGUUCGGCAGAGUGCAGACUUCAUGCCUUUGAAGCAAAUGAUGAAAACUUUGAACUCUGACCUUGGCCCUAACUGGCGUGAUAAACUGGAGUUUUUUGAGGAGCGGCCUUUUGCUGCAGCUUCAAUUGGACAGGUUCACCUGGCUCGUUUGAAGAACGGCAAAGAAGUUGCCAUGAAAAUCCAGUAUCCUGGUGUGGCCCAGAGCAUCAAUAGUGAUGUCAGCAACCUGAUGACUGUCCUGAGUAUGAGCAAUAUUCUCCCAGAAGGCCUUUUCCCUGAACAUCUGAUUGAAGUUCUGAGCAGAGAGCUGGCCCUUGAAUGCGAUUACAAGAGAGAAGCUGCCUGCGCAAGGAAAUUCAGGGAGCUGCUCAAGGAUCACCCAUUCUUUUAUGUCCCUGCUGUGGUGGAUGAACUCUGCAGCCCUCAUGUUUUAACAACAGAACUGGUAACGGGCUUUCCACUGGAUCAAGCUGAAAAUCUGAGCCAAGAGAUCCGGAAUGAGAUCUGCCACAACAUCUUGGUUUUGUGCCUGCGGGAGCUGUUUGAGUUUAGGUACAUGCAGACUGAUCCAAACUGGUCAAACUUCUUCUAUGACCCAGAGCUGCAUAAGGUGGCACUUCUGGACUUUGGAGCCACCCGGGGUUUUGAUGAGAAAUUCACGGAUGUCUACAUAGAGUUAAUCAAAGCAGCUGCCAAUAUGGACAGAGAGAGAGUGCUGAAGAAAUCAAUAGAAAUGAAAUUCCUGACUGGCUAUGAAGUCAAGGCUAUGGAAGAUGCUCACCUGGAUGCAGUUCUCAUCCUUGGAGAGGCUUUUGCAUCUGAGGAACCUUUUGACUUUGGCUCCCAAAGCACCACUGAGAAGAUCCAUGGCCUAAUCCCAGUCAUGUUGAAGCACAGGCUUGUCCCUCCACCAGAGGAGACUUACUCUCUCCAUCGUAAAAUGGGAGGCUCCUUCCUCAUAUGCUCCAAACUGAAGGCCAAAAUUCCAUGCAGCAAUAUGUUUAAGGAAGCCUACAGUAAAUACUGGAGUGGAAAGACCAAGAAGGAAUAGUAGCAUGGAAGAACUACUGAACACCAUCUUGUGUUAUGGUCAACCAUCCACAGUCUCGUAAACCACAGUACACCUUCUCUCACAUCCUCAGAAUCACUUCAGCAGUACAGCAGCUUGUCUCCUGGAAGCAGAAUCCCUGGUUUUAAGAGCAGUCUUGUUCUUUUGUUGGACAUAGCUUCUCUUUACACUCUUACCAAGAUCAUUUGUGUAGGCUCUGUUUUACCGGAAACGAUAGUUGCCUAGUGGAGGGAAUGUGGAGGGGAAAAGCUAGGCAGCUUCGUUUCUUACUCUCCUAGAUAUCAGCUUCCUUUUCAUAUUUUAAUACUGAUAACUGUUUACCUUUUUAAAAACAAACAAACAUGGGGUGGAAGAAAGAGAACCAAGUUGAGUUGGCAUUGAAAUCUAUUUGUAAUUCUUCAAAUCUUUAUGGGUGCUUUUCUUUUCUAGAUCUCCUAUAAUUUUUCUUCUAAGGUAGCAUACAAAUGGUUUCAUACUGUGAAAUAUAUGGGUUGCCUACAUAACUUACAAGAGAAGCCUAUUUUUGUAUGAUACUCAGUGGGAGUCUGUAAUGGUUGGGAUCUUCUAAUGGAACAAUGUCAGAUGUGUACAUAGGCUAUUUUAUGCCUUCAGUCUCUGGUUUUCAAGUAAAGUGAAGAUUUUAACGAAUCUGAUGUGAGUGGUGCAGUGGUGGAGUUAGAAUACCCUAGGCUUUAUAUUCAGAUGCUCACCUCCAAUUUUCUUGAGCUGAAUGUAAAAGCCGAGGGAAUGUAGUUAAUGGGGUUUUCUCAUGAAGUGGAGAAUUUGAGAAACCAAAGCUCUAACUGUGGCAUUUAUAGAAGCUCGGCGAUGAAGCUACACCUUCUCCAUCUUCAUGCUUGCAUCUCUGUAAUGCAGCCUUUGAUGGAAAGGCCCAGGGAGGGUGGGGAGAGACACAUAGGCUGGGCUUCUUAUAGCAGUAUUGAAGGCGUUUCAAGAUUUUGUUGAAAAGCAUAAUGUGUAAGUAGCUGAAUGCACAACUUUAAGCAAUUGGAGGCAAACCGGCAAAUAUAUUUUGGGGUUUUUGUACAACAGUUGGAGCUGUGCAACUUUCAACUGAUUUCCAAUAAAGUGCUUGUGCAGAAGA